AUGUCCAAGAGAGACGCUGCAGAGCACCCGGAGCAGCAGCAUCCGACUACCAAGCGCGCCAAAGAAGUCGACUCACCGGAGACACCAUACCAAGAACUUCGGUCGCUGCUUGAAGACCAGCAGUCGCGCAAAGAUAUCAAAAGGACGCUGCAUUGGUUCCGGAGCAAAGAUCUCCGUAUCCAUGACAAUCGAGCGUUGCACGCAGCUUCACAGUUUGCCCAAACAUCGAACGCUCCCCUGCUAUGCGCGUAUGUCAACUGUCCAGCAGAGUUCAGAUGGCACGGCACUUCGCCCGCGCGCACGGAUUUCAUCAUGGAGAACCUGGGGCUCAUGAAAGCUGAGCUCCAGAAGCAGGACAUUCCCCUAGUAUUCCUUGAAGCCAGUGAACGUGGCGAGAUUGUCCCCACGAUCAUCGACUUCGUUCACGAAAACGGCAUCUCGCACGUCUUUGCGAACUACGAGUACGAAAUCGACGAGCUGCGAAGGGACAUCCAAGUCCUCAAGGCCGCCAGCGACGGUAAUGUCAAAUCCAAAGGCUUCCAUCUAUCUAUGCAUCACGAUCAAACAGUGAUGGAACCGGGCACCAUGCUCACAGACGCCGGCAAGGCGAUGAAGGUCUUCACGCCCUACCACAGAGCUUGGCUCGCCGAGGUCAAGGCGGAUCCCAGCCUGAUUGACACCGUUGCAGCCCCGGUGCGGAACACUGCUGAAGCAAAGAAGGAGCUUGAGGCCUUCUUCGACAGUCCCGUGCCCAAGCCACCGGAGGAGAAACAGUUCUCCGGCAACGAGGAACGCGACCGCAUCCGUCAGCUGUGGCCUGCUGGUCACGAGGCCGCGACCGCUCGACUCACACAUUUCCUCGACGACAAGAUCGCCGAUUACGCAGCCACACGGUCCCAGCCAGCCAAAGAUUCCACGUCGCGGAUGUCGGCGUACCUUUCCGCCGGCGUCAUCUCUGUGCGCGAGAUCCUAACCGCCGUCUGCAAGCGCAACAACGGCACGACCGAUUUCUCCCAGUCUGGAUGCGACAAGGGCAUGGCAGGCUGGGUGCGAGAAUUGGUCUUCCGCGAACUCUAUCGCCAGACGACCGUCCAGACGCCACACACGAGCAUGAAUAUGCCGCAAAAUCUGAAAUUCGAUUUCGUCAAUUGGGAAGAUGACGAGGAAGGGUACCAGCGGUGGGAAGACGGCACGUUGGGCGUCCCCUUCGUCGACGCGGGCAUGAGACAAAUCAAGCAUGAGGCCUACAUGCAUAACAGGCUGAGAAUGAACGUGUCCAGCUAUUUGUACUGCAACCUGCUCAUCGACUACCGGCGCGGGGAGCGUUAUUUCGCGGAAACCCUGAUCGACUGGGACCUCAGCAACAAUACCCAGGGAUGGGAGCCGAGCUAUACGGUUUUCAACCCGGUGAGUCAGGCGGAGAAGAACGAUCCGGAGGGCGAGUAUAUCCGGAAAUGGAUCCCAGAGUUGAGGGAUGUGAAAGGGAAAGCCAUCUACGAUCCGUACCACCGGUUGGACAAGGACGAGUUCGAGAAACUGGGAUACCCACCGCCGUAUGUGGACUGGAAGGAGACAAAGCAACGGUGUAUUGAACGGUUCAAGAGCGAUAUGAGGGAUGCGGAACCUUGA